CUCUAAUCCAGGGCUCUGGCAGGCCGGGCAGCCCCCGCUCCGAUGCUGCAGAGGGAAUUGGCCGAGCCAGGCCAUGGAAAACUCUGCGUGUUCCCAGGCAGAGCCUCCGGCCCGCGGUGUGCCCUGCCCACCUCACGGCAGUCACACCGCCAGCCUGGCCUGCCCACGGCAGCCUGAUUCAUUUAUUUUCACAUUUCUCAGCCAGCGUGACUAUUGGUAAUACUGAGACAGGUUAUGGUGUGUCAGUACUGUUAUGGGGAAAAAAAAAAAAAAAAAAAAAAAGCUUUAUAAAGGUGUUAUUAUACUCAAACUGCACCAGUUCCCUGGGUGAAAACCGUCCUUGGACUUUCCAAGAGACAUCAGAAUCAGUUUCAGCUGCAUUUCCAAAAAGAUCCCACUGCACAGCAAACCAAACCAAAGGGAAUGUGCAUGACACCUUGGCACAUGUGGCUCCAGAUGUGCCGGUUCGGAGCACAGCAUCAAGGGCUUCUGGACUUGGGAUUUCCUUUGUCACUUCACCACAAGUCUUAUGACUUCAGAAGAGUCACUGUCAACACACCAGCUGAUCAAUUUCUGUGUGUAUAAAGUGAAAUCACGAAUUUUGAGAAUAGAUGUGGUUGGGGAUUUACUCAAACAAUCCUCUGUGAUGAGGACUGAUGGGACUGUAGCUCAUCUUUCUACCAGCUAAAAACUCUUGAAAGAAAACCCCAACCCUCCCUUUUUAGGACCCUGUCUAUUUUUGUGUUGUGUUUGAGGGAAAUUUUAAAGGUGUACAGUAAUUUCCUGCUGGUGCCAGGUCAAACCCCACUGUGACAUUUGGUCACGCCUGUCACUGCAGUAACACUGCGAGGUUACUGCUCAGCUUUGGGGCUCCUGGGGACUGUGGUGCAUCCUCUCACAUCCAAGUGAGUGUUUGAGCAGCUGGAUUUUCUCUCCUCUCACUCAGUUCUCGCUUCAGAUGGCUGAGAACAGCCCCAGGAGCCUGCAGGGACCCCCCGGCUCUGCCCCUGACGAGAACGAGUUCCCUUUCGGAUAUCCCACCAACAUCUGCGAGGAUGUGCCUGGGCACAAGUUCCUGUGCAGCAACUGCAACAACAUCCUGAAGAAAGCCCUGCAGACGUUGUGUGGGCACAGGUACUGCUCUGCCUGCCUCGCCUGGAUCCUCAGAAACAAUAAAAAUGCAAUUUGCCAGAAAUGUAAAGAGGAAGAUCCCAACACUUUAGGUGAGGAAAGCCUAUUGGCAGAAGAAAGGGCUUUUGGUGAUGCUGCCAUUAAUAAAGAGAUUUCUGAACUCAGAGUCCACUGUGUGACCCUUGGGUGCAGCUGGUCUGGUAUCAUGAAAGAUUUUGAAGAGCAUCAGAGUUUAUGUGAAUAUGCUUUGAUCCCUUGUCACACUGGCUGUGGGCAUGUGGUGAUGAGGAGGAAGCUGGCAGAUCACUUGGAAAAUGGAUGUGUCAAUAAUGUGACAGUGUGUCAGCAGUGCCAGUGCAGCCUGGCCACCUCUGAAUGCCAGGAGCACUCAUGUGAAAGCAAUUUAUGCAAGGAACAAAAACCUGUGCAAACAGAAACAGCAUCGAAGGAAAAGAGCCACUCUACAUCCUCAUCCAGCAAGGAUGGCUGUUGUUUUUCUGAAGUAGGCUGUGCAUUUAGGGGAAGCAAAGAGAAGAUCCAGGAGCACCAAAACUCCGCCGUGGGAGCCCACAUGCUGCUCCUGCUGCAGCACAUGAGGCAGCUGCAGGGAACCCUGUGCUCCAAGGGCUUCUCCCCACGGCCAGAGCUGAACCUGAGGAGUGCAGGAAAAAGCAUCUGUGACCUGCAGAUCCCAGCAGGGCUGGAGUUCAGCAGGGAUCCAGAAAUGGACUGUUUCUCUGUGCCUUCCUCUGUCCCUGAAGAUGAGUCUGGCCUGCAGCAGCUCAUGAGGGAGAAGGUGAUUUCUGAGCUGGAAAAUAAGCUGCACGUGUUUGAGAACAUUGUGGCAGUGCUCAAUAAGGAGGUGGAGAGCUCUAAUUUGGAAAUCCAGGCCUUCAGGAGGCAGAGUGAACUGGACCAGAAUGUAAUACGAGGCCUUGAACUGAAGAUUGCAGAGCUGCACCGGUGCCUGACGCAGAAGGACGCAGGCCUGAGCAGCCUGCACAAGAGCCUGCUGUUCUCUGAGCAAGCCUCCUACGAUGGGAUCUUCCUCUGGAAAAUCACAGAGGUUGCCAGGAAGCUCCAGGACUCUGUGACUGGCAGGACAGUCAGUUUGUACUCCCCAGCUUUCUACACUGCAAAAUAUGGCUACAAGGUGUGUCUGAGGGUGUACCUGAACGGGGAUGGGACAGGGAAGGGAACCCACAUGUCCCUGUUCUUCGUUGUCAUGAAAGGAGAUUACGACGCUUUGCUCCCGUGGCCUUUCAGGCACAAGGUGACGUUUAUGUUGCUCGACCAAAAUAACAGGGAGCACAUCAUUGAUGCCUUUCGCCCAGACCUGACUUCUGCUUCCUUCCAGAGGCCAGUGAACGACAUGAACGUGGCCAGUGGCUGCCCCAUGUUCCUGCCCUUGGCCAAGCUGCAGUCCCCCAAGCACGGCUACGUGAGAGAGGACACGCUUUUCCUGAAAUGCAUCAUAGAAACAAACUAGCAAAUCCUCAGGUGGGCUUGGCUGGGGAGCUCACCUCUGAAUGCUAACAGAUGAUGAGGAAAAACCCCUCGGUUUGCAAGCUUGUGUUAGUUUGUGUGCACACAAAA